AUGAAUAAUAUUCAAGAUUUAUCAUAUCUAUUGCUAUCUAAAAUACUAGGUUUCGAAGAGCUUACAGUUUUAGAUUCAAUAUGCUUUAGUUUAAUAUGUAAAAAGUUAUAUAACAAUAGAGAUAAAUAUUUGAAAUUCAACGAUCAGCAUCUUACACAUUCACAAGCUCAAUUAAUCUACACAAAGAGCAAUCAUGUAACACUACAAUCAUACAAUACACAAUUUCAACGUAUACCAGCCAGUAUUAGAUCUUGUAGACUAUUAAUAGGUGAUAACAAAACAAUUCAACUACAAAGUUAUUCAAAAUAUUUUGAUUAUAUGAUAGAUAUUUCGAAAACGAAUACUCUUAUCGGCAAAAUACCUUUGAAUGUUCGUGGUUCUCUACCAAAAACUCUUUGCCACUUGACUGUAGAUAAAAUUAUCAACCCAUUGAAUAUGUGGCCAAAUAGUAUUAGAGUUAUGACAAUCGAUUGUAAAGAACAAGAAUUCGAACCUGGAAUAUUCCCUCAUUCGUUGGAGAUGCUCACGCUCUAUUUGUAUAGCCAUCCAUUGAUGAAAAACACACUACCACACACUCUGAAAUCACUGGUUUUAAAAACACACACCAUUUAUUCCGAUAUUCCCAAGUUAGAUAUUGGGAACCUACCGGAAUCACUUGAAACCAUUCAACUCCAUCCGUAUCUUGCCUACAGCAUUGAGAACGCAGCGGCUCUAGCUAAAUUUCAUAAUCUGACAAAGCUGGAUGGAUUCAAUUGUAAAUGGAUCACCGAAAACAUCGUACUGCCAUCAUCGGUCGCAACCCUCCGAUUUACUGCAUGCGUUUUCGAAUAUAAUUCGAUUGAACCUGGUGUCAUUCCUUCGACGAUCACCGAUCUCGACUUUGGUCACAUGAGAGACUUCGUGUUGAAACCUGGGAGUAUACCUUCGAGUGUCGUAAAACUAUCACUCGGUAACUAUAAAAACAGUAUCGAACUUGGUACCAUACCGGUUGGUGUGAAGAAAUUGGAAAUGACUUAUACAAUUGGUCCUUUUUCAAUUAAAUCGUUACCAAACACUUUGGAAUCAUUGAAAUAUACCAACUAUGAAUAUGACACAAUAUUAAAGUUUAUUGAUAAUCUCUCUUUGCCAUCGAUAAAGAAACUCUCAUACCCUUCAGUUUUACAGAUAACUGUAUUUCCACCGAAUUUGGAAUCACUCGAGAUCACUGGAGUCAAUAAACCGCUAUUGUAUUCAUCGUUACCACCGACUUUAAAGAAACUCUCACUCGAUAAGAUUACUCUUAACUUCGAAGAUACAACAAAUCCAGCAUUUUUAUUGGAUACAACUAACAAAUUAUUUGAUAGAACUACAAAUUAUAAUAAAACAUCGAGAAUCAUUUCAUAA